CUGAUAGCACAUGCGUUUACACACACCAUCGUUCAUUCAAACAGGCUCUUGUCUGGUUUGUUGUACGCUCGCUCUCUUCUCUCUGUUUUUCACUGACAGAUUAGACUGACAACUUUCAAUCAGAUGGAUGCUUGUUAAGUCUUCUUAAGUUGGUAGCGAGGGAGAAAAAAAAGGGACGACCCAAACCACCGGGAUCCCAUUCAUCGGAAUAUUAAUAAUAUAUUGUAUUUUUAUUGUUGAUUUGCUGAUGUAGGACCAUCGCUAGCUUCUUCGGAGUAUUUACCGUUUCAGUUUCAACAAUAUACAUUGUAAAAAAGAUUAAAAAAAACAUAUUUAUAUAUAUAUAGUUUUAAUUUUCUUCGCAACGAAAUGUUCAUAGAUCAGCUUACAACAUUUACUUUCAUAAAUGACAUAAAGAAGCUUCGUCCUCCAAAUCGGAAGUGUAUAGAUGAUCACUUAUCUCAAAUAAAAGAGAAAAGCAAGCUUCUUAAACAAUAUGUAAAUGAGGAAGAAAGUAUUCAACAGACGUUGAAAGAUGUGUGCACUGAACGGAGUGAAUACACUAAACUGCAAAGUCAGAAUAUUUCAGAUUUGAAAUUGCUUAAAUCUGAAAUCAUUCAAAAGAACAAUACCUUAUCAAAUUUGCAAUCAGGUUUAACGUACAAGAAUGAAAACAAGAUAAAUGAAGCUAUCAAGAAUUUGGAGCGGCAAUUAAACUGUAACAACUUUACACUUCGUGAAGAAAAAAAAAUUGUUGCAGAGAUAGACAGCUUGAAGAGAUCUAAGAAACCUUUAGCGAACUAUAGGGCACAAAAGAAGGAAAUUGAUGAACUCAGGGCACAACAGACAAAAAAACGCAAAGAAAAUGAUGACUUCUAUCACAAAAUUCAUCACCUUCGGGAUAAAGAAGAAGAAAAACAAAAACGUUCAGUGUUCUUACAGAAAAGCAUUAAAGAACUGCAUUCAGAAAUUGAUAAGUUAGAAGAACAAAAGAAAAUACUUUUAGCAGAUUUCAAGAAACAAGAAAAAGACUACAAUGUCAUGAAAGACAUUGCUCGUAAGAAGAAACACAAACGUACUCAACCUCAAGAAGAAGAAAAAACGCAGCAUGAAAAAAUAACUAAUUAUAUAAGGGAAGAAACAGUUGCUUCUCCAAACCCUAAUGCCAAACGUAUUCAGCAUUGCAACAUAUUAAUUAAUUACCUACAACAGUUUACCAGUUUCAAUGCAGUUUUAGGUUCUAGUCCAUUACCCUCACCAUCUGAAGAAUUUGUGUCUGUUCCAGGUCCUGCUUUAGAGAUCAAAGAUGAUGAUGGCGCCAAAUAUGUUUUAUUAAAGAAAAGCAAUGAUACCUUCUUUAAAGAAUUUAGUGUAAAUAAUCGUCAAAAUAAAAAAAGUCGAAAAGGACGGAAAAAAACUUCUAACAAGCCUUUAGCACAUUCUCCGGAGAUAUUUUCUUUGUUUGAAAGUGUUAAUUUGCCACCCACUUCAAAUUUCUGUGACAUUUUCUCAACAAUUGAUAAACUCCAACAGUUAAAGAACCAACUAGAAAAAUCAGGACUACAAAAGGAUAAUUGUAAAGAAAAUGGUAGUGUUGCUUCAGAUGAUAUUUGCUUAAGUGACUCUGGUUAUUCAGCUGAUGGAAGUGCUGUGUGUGAUCUUUCUCGUCAGGUUAGUCACCGAGGAAGUACAGACACGAUUUCUAAUACUACCAAUUUAUUAGACAUCAACCAGAUGAGUGAUCCAAGUAGCAAAUCCACAACAGUGUCCUCACCAGAAGUUGAAAGCAAUGAGGUAGAAGACGAGGAAAGUUCUGAAAGUGAUGGAAACAGUUCACCGUUAUCUUUAAAUAAAGAAAGAUUAUCUAUGAUUUUAGACAAUGUACGUCGGUUAUCUGUCGAAGAUACAUUUGAUAGUACUGACUUUGAUAGUGAGAACCAAACAAAUUCUGACUUAAAAUAAUGCAAUUUUAGGUAAUAUAUUUUGAAAUGUAUAGAAUCUAUUUUUGUAUAUACUGGAUUUUUAGAAUGAUUCAGAACUACCGGCUCUAUUAUUCAUUUCCACAAUUAUUCACAAACAUUUUGAAUAAUUAUUUACUUCAAAAAGUCUUUGGAGUAAAAAUAUGCAAAACUUUUUUUAGAGCUGAUAAGAAAAUCUUUUAAGUUUUUGGUUAACAUCUGUCUUACAUAGACAUCAUUCCAAUCUGAAAUUAUUAUUUUUUUUUUAUUUCCACAUUCAUUUAUUCCUCUUUUGUUACUGCCGGUUGUAUAGUUCUGUAACUUUAAACAUUUUCGUUAAUUUUUGGAGUAAAUGAAUUUUUAGUUUAAUGUCAUAACAUUUCAUGAAGCAAGAAUGAUACUUUGCUUUCUUGCAAAGUAUAAACUGAACCAAACAGAGGAAUGUACUUAAAUUAAGGGUAUAACGUAAUGAUUGAGAUAAGAUAUUAAGUGAUCAUCUAUAAUAGUUCAGGAAAAUGUUGAGAACUUUAACUAACUACAGUAUAAGUGAGUUAUUCAAGAAUGUGGGUUUAACUUUUUCACUUCCAUCAAAUCACAGACCAUCUUUUAUUAAAGUGGUUUUUAUUUAAAUUAAGAUCUCAACCAAAAUCUACUCAUUACCAGAAUGGUAAUGCAAAAUUUCCACAGAUAGAUUUUUAUUUUAAUUCAAAAAUCAAUUUAAUAUCCCAACAAGUAUUAUAUUUUAUUAAACUAUUCCAAAUUUUAAUUAUUGUGAAAAUUACUUGAAACACAUAGGCUGUCUAUCAUUUCUAAAAUAUGAUAGCAAAAGCUUUAACCCUUUUGAUGCCAACCUGUCUGAGACUACUUCUCAUUCUCUGAUACAAACUUUUUUUUUUUUUAAGUGAUCCAAAUUAAUCCCUCAAGUAUGAAACACCAAUUUCAUAAUAACAAAACUAUUUACUAAAUUCUUCAUUAUUUUCAAAAUUAAUUGAAAGUAAAUCAGUACAUUUCAACAGAAAUACGGUAACAAAAGGGUUAAACUAUGGAAAGGCAGCAUAUGCAACUGUAUUUCUCUCUUACAAUUUAUUUAAAAGUAUAUAUUUUCUCUCUUUCGCAUUCAAGUGGUACACAUUAAUAAAAAAACAAAAAAACCCAUCCAACUGUAAAAUACUGCUCUAACAAUUUAUACAAAAUGUUUAACCUUGCAGAACCAUUCAUUGCUAAAUCCAAACCUAGUUUUAAAAUAUGUAUUUAUUGAGCAUUAUCAAAAAAAAAAAUCAUAUACUGAUAAUAUAUUUACCUUGCAUUGUUAUUUCAUUGAUUGUAAUUAUUAUAAAUUAGAAUGCAAUUUGUUCUCUAAUUGGAACAUUAUGAUGCAGGGAAAGUUAUUGAAAUCGAAUCUACAGUUCAGUUUCGAUCCACCGUUUAGAGGAGUUUACUUAUACAAGUACAACCUCAAUUUUCUGGUACCUUUGUUUCCAAAGCCUUUCCAGAUGACUGAUGUUUUUGAACCAGGCAAUGUCACUGCUAAAUUAAACAAAUAUUAAAUUUACUUAAUUAAUUAAAGGAAAUGUAGGUACAUGUACAUUAGUAUAAAAGACACAAGUUUAUUAAUAUUGUACUGUGUCAGGUACUGUAAAGCAGGACCGCCCAGUAAACUUGUCUGGUGGUCGUAGGAAUUUGAAGUUCCUACUCAUAAAUUAGUGUGGACCAUCAGUGUCCAGAAAAUUGGUGUUGUACUUGUAUCACUAAAGCCUUUUGGAAAGACAUGUAUGUUGUAUACAUCAUGUCUUCUUUCUAUGAGGAUUCAUUAUUUGUUCAUUGUGUUUAUUCAGAUUUCCAAAAAUGCUUUUAAAGAUUUGUUAUAAGACUUUAUAGUGUCCAAAAUCAUCUCAGGUUUAUUAAUGAAUUACAAUGUCUUUUAUGAAAGGGCCUUCAAAUCUAAAAAUAAUUUUCGUUUCAUCAACACAGCAACUUGUGAUUUAUCUGCCUGUAAAUAUUUGAAGUUGAGACACUCUAAAAUAGAUUUGAGCUUUUUUUAUCAAUUCCUGUAAAUAUGAUAUUAGAAUGUUUACUGUUUAAACUGAAUUGGUAUAUGGUUGUUUACUUUUACAACUGUCAACUGAACUGUCAAUAAGUAUAUGGUUAAUUUAAUGAGCUUGGAUUGUGAAAACAGUUUUAGAUUGGUUCAUCAGAGGAGAUUAUAUAACCUAAGCAUACAAAAAAAAAGUUGGGUGAGGAAAAUUUCCCCCCUACCAAUCUUAGAUAAAAACAUUUUUUUUUUUUUAUGAGUACUUCUCUAUUGUGUUUGCUAUGAAUAUAGCAGUUGUCUGUGAUAGUGAGGGUCUUCAGUGAAUGGCCCCUUUGUCAUGUUAGUGAUAUUAAGAUUGGCAAAGAUAUUUCAUUGAAACUCAGAGAAAAAGAUAAAGAGUUUUGUGAUAAUAUAAAGUUAUGGUUCAUAAAAUUUCUAUAACAAAAAAAAACAAAAUAUAGUUCAAAAUUAUCUGAGAGAUAAUUAUGAAUUUAUAUACAAUAAUUAUGUACAUAGUUACACAUACAUAUAACUUAAUACACAGGAAAAACUGUUAUAUAGAAAAUUAUUAAGUAGUUGUAGAAAUGCUUAUGUUGAAUGAAACAGGGUGUGUAAACAAUUAUCAUCUAAGCAGUAGAGUUUAUUAAAGGAUUACUGACCUGAAACUUCAUGUCAACCAAUGUGUAAUGUUUGUUAUUAUUUUAUUUGGGAAUUUAGAUUGCAAGCUGGCAAAAUUGUUAAAGCAUAAGAGAAAAAUACUUUGUGGUAUUUCCUCUGACCCAUAAUGUUCUGAGCUGAAAUGCUGUCAAAGUCAACUUUGCCUUUCAUCCUUUCAAUGUUGAUAAAAUUAGCACCAGUUGAGCGCUGGGGUCAAUGUGAUCAAUUUCCCCUCUUCCCUCAUAACUGCUGGCCUUAUGCCAAAAAUUAGAAAGAAAUUUUUUUUUAUUUGAAAAUUAUUUCAAAAUAUUGUUAACUACUUUUUGUUGGUUUGUAUUAUUAAUAUGAUAUUUAUUUAUUUUGCCAAAUAUUUCUCAUGAGGUAAUUAAGUUUAACAUUCUUGGUGUAUAUACAUAUGUGUAUAUAUACGUGUACACACCUAGUAAAAAUGUUUGUGGCAGGGUUGGGAAUGGGUGGGGUCUUUUUGAACUGUUUUAUAUUCCUCUGUGUAUACUAUUUUCUCUUCCUUCUGAUCUUAAUGUUCUUUUUUUAGGAUAUAAUUUUAGUUAAAAAUGUAUUUAUUCAAAAUGUUAACCCAGUGAAAAUAAAAUAAAAAUCUAAAUGUAAUUUAUUUUAUUACAUUAAUCUAAAUACAGUUUAUUUUAUUACAGUUUUACCAGAUUUAUAUGAUAACUGAAAUUAAUUAAGCAAACCAUAGAAUUUGUGUUGUUCUUUUGAUAGUCCAAGAUAGGAUUUGAAAAUACAUAGAUUUUGUUUUAUUCGGCCAUAUCAUUGUAACAUGUUUUCCAUUUUCACAACAAAAAUAUUUGAAAUAUAUUGAUUCAUAAUAUAACCUUGUAUAGGCCAUGUGGUUAACAAUCUUGCUUUGUAACCACAUGGUUUCUGGUUCAGUCCCACUACAUGGUGCCUUGGGCAAGUGUCUUCCACUACAGCCCUGAGCCAACCAAUGCCCUGCAGGUGAGCUUUGUGUGCGCAUGUGUGUGUGUGUAUGUAUAUAUAUACAGGCAUACCUCAGCUUAAGUCGUUUCGAUUUAAGUUGUUCUCAAUUAUACAUUGGUUUUCAAAAAUAAUAUAUAUAUGGAAGAAAAAAAUCAAGUUAAGUCAUUUUACUCAACUUUACAAAUAUUGUCACAAAUAUUGGAAUUGUAAAAUCACUAGAAAACCAUUAAAAGCACAUAAAAUCAUGUUGCUGUACAAUAAAUAAGAAUAAAAGCAUAUAAAAUCAUAUUAAAAUACGUACAGUAAAUGUUAAGAUACACACCAUAAAGUAGUGUAGCUUAAUGAACGAAAUCAUGAAACCGGCUGUGUUGUCUUAUUUAUUGGUCUUUCAGAGCUCAUAUUGCACUGUACUUUCAAUAUUUACUGUUAGGCCUCGUUGUCACUCAUGAUUCCUGCGAUUGCUUUGAAUUCAGAUUUGUUUAAGUCUGUUUAUCAGCUGCUUUCUCACUUUAUUUUUUGCCCCCAUGGCUCCUAAGAAAAUUCAUAGUGAAAUAAUUGCUAUCUUCACGCAUUAAUAUAUGAAGCGUAUGCUGUGGCAAGCAAUAACUGCAACUGAUUUUGAUUAAUCCAUCACACUUCAUGACUUUUGGAAGAGAUACGAUAUCUACAAAGCUGUUCAGAACAGAGCAGCAGCAGCAUGAAAUGAUGUACAGAGUAUGGCUUUGGUUGGUGUAUGGAAGAAGCUAUGCCUGCAAUUCGUGAAUGAUUUUAAAGGGUUUGAUAAUAUUGCCAUCAACAAAACAUUGGUGACUAUGAGCAAAGAAAUGGAUUUGGAGGAGGAAGAGGAUUUCACAGAUUUAUUUGUAAAAGACAACAAGCAGCCCUUGAUGAACGAGGAUUUGAUAGAACUUCAUGAGCAGCAAAAUAAAGAAGAGGAAGUUGAACCUGAGCCACAUCACUUUACCAUUAAGAAAAUGCAGCAAGCAUUUGCAUAUAUCGAAAAAGGUCUUUCUAUGUUUGAGGAUAUGGAUCCAUCCAAAUGCUCAACACUUUUCCAAGCUUAUUGGGGGGCUUGUCACAAAGCUUUGGCUCCUUAUAAUGUAAUCCUUGAGAAAAAGAAAAAGACAGUUCAAGGAACUCUCAACUGGUUUUUUAAGUGCAUCGAACAACAAGAACAGCCAGAGUCGGCUGUUGAUGAUCUGCAAUGUAAACCACCAAAUUGUAUGUACAUAUUGGUAAAUUUAAAAUAGUUUAUUUUUGUUUACUAUUGCAAAAUAAUAAUAAUUACUGAAUUUGUUUUUUAAGCUUAAAAAAGGCUUUUAUUUCACCAUGUCUUAUUGCAAUCUGCAUUCAUGAAUAAAGCAUCUGCAAUGUACGGUAAACACUACCAAAUUUUAUUUGUAAAUUUAGAUUACAUUUUUGUUAGUGUAUUGUAUUAAAAAAUAAAAGUUAUUUGUUUGUAAGCUUGAAA